UGUGAUGCCAUGCUCCUGGGGAUGAAUGUUUUGAGUAUAUAGGCCUUUUGGGGUCUCCUUAAAAGAAGCAAAUGCUUCACAUUCCAUUUUCUCUCUGCUGAAGAAAAGAAAAACACACACUUUCUUCUCCAAUUUCUGUGUGUGAGAGAUGGGAAAGUGAGAGGCAUUCUGGCAGCACACUCAGUCACCAAUCAACCAUGUCUCUUGGGUAUGCCGAGAAGCUUUCCUACAUUGAAGAUGUGGGCAACGUCGGAAUGUCCGAAUUUUUCGACUCUUCCCAUGUUUUGCGAGAAAAAAUAGAACGACUUGCUAUCAUGAUAAAAAAGAGCAAGCAUCUAGUGGUAUUUACAGGUGCAGGAAUUUCAACUUCUUGUGGUAUACCUGAUUUUCGAGGUCCCAAGGGUAUUUGGACACUUCAGCGUGAAGGUAAAGCCUUGCCAGGAGCAUCAUUGCCAUUUCAUCGUGCGGUGCCAAGCUUGACUCACAUGGCUCUGGUUGAAUUAGAAAAGGCUGGUAUUUUGAAGUUUGUUAUCAGUCAGAAUGUCGAUGGUCUCCAUCUUCGGUCUGGAUUACCAAGGGAAAAACUGUCUGAAUUGCAUGGAAAUUCCUUCAUGGAAACAUGCCCUUUGUGUGGUGCUGAGUACUUUCGCGAUUUUGAGGUAGAAACUAUUGGUUUAAAGGAGACCUCACGGCGCUGUUCAGAUGCAAAAUGUCGGACAAGACUUAAGGAUACAGUCCUUGACUGGGAGGAUGCAUUGCCUCGAAAGGAAAUGGCUCCUGCAGAGAAGCACUGCAAACAGGCAGAUAUAGUAUUAUGCUUGGGGACAAGUCUGCAAAUAACUCCAGCAUGCAACUUGCCUCUUAGAGCUAUUCGUGGUGGAGGUAAAGUUGUCAUUGUAAAUCUCCAGAAAACACCUAAGGAUAAAAAAGCCAGUCUUGUCAUACAUGGGUUUGUUGAUAAGGUAAUUGCAGGUGUCAUGGACAAGCUUAAUCUGCAAAUUCCUCCAUUUGUCCGGAUUGAUUUUUUCCAGAUUAUUCUAGUGCAUGCUCUGAGCAAUGAUAAAAGAUUUGUAAACUGGUCUCUCCAAGUUGCUAGUUCUCAUGUGCAGAAAGCAGCAUUGCCUUUCAUCGAGUCUGUUGAGGUCUCCUUCACAGACAAGGAAAAUUACAAAGCAGCUAUUCUGGAUAAACAACCAUUUCAGCUUAAAAGGAGAACAGCAUAUGACAAAGCAUUUGAAAUGGUUCUGAAACUCAAUUUUGGUGACGGCUGUGGUUGCCCGUCUCUUGAAAUCGAUGUCCCGGUUGAUUUUAAGUUUACAACAGAUGGCUUCAACUUGGACAAGGACGUCAUAUUCCAAAAGCUGAGAGACAAGGCAAUUCGCAAAUCAAAAUGCGGUCAGAAUGCUGUUGUUGAGAGAAAGACAAUCUUGACACCAAGAAGUGAUGUCACUACCUAUGCUGUUGUGACCAAUGUUAUUCAGUACAACAAAACAUGUAAAGAAGCUCUUGAUUCUGUUAGCAAUGGUGAUGUUAAGAAACGAAAAGCAAGCGUGACUGGUAAAAGAUCUUCCAGGAAGCGUUCAAAAGGGUCCAAAGUGUAAAUCAAGAUCAGAAAGGGUUAGAUUUAGGUUUGUAUGUAUGAUGAUGAUGAUAUCAAACAGAUGAACUGACAGGAUUGACAAAAUGUAGAGACUGGGUGAAUUUUGUUAGAUGUUACACUCGGUCCCCUCUAAAUGGUGUCCCAAAUGCUGAAAACUUGAAAAGCUUUUUGAUACUGUAAUUAUUACUAAGCAUAGUGGGUUUUUUUUUUGGUGUGGCUUUUGGAAUGUUUAUUCUGAAAAAAUAUAUGUACUUCUCUGUUACAGAUGUUUACAGUUAGGUUUCUGAAGUCAGUUAGAUUCCAUCACUAGACUAGAAACAUGUAUUUCUUUGUGUUAAAUUUAAUAUUGCAUCAUGUACAUAUAUAGAAACUUAUGAUCUAGGUGAAACUUGAUAUUUUAACGUA